CUCAUAAUUCACAGGGACUGUCCUCUCAUCCUUUGUGUGCCUGUUUAUCAUCCACUGUGAACCCAUCCUACCAUCACCAAAAGUUUCACCAUGUCUGAUGUAGAGGAGGAAUAUGAUGAACAAGCAGAGGCAGAGGAGGAGGAGGCUGCAGAGGAUGCAGGAGCAGAACAGCAGGAGUAUUCAGAAUAUCAAGAGGAGACUCAGGAAGAAGAGGAGGAAAGACCCCGGCCCAAGCCCAUGGUUCCACAACUUGCCCCUCCAAAGAUUCCAGAGGGUGAGCGGGUUGAUUUCGAUGAUAUUCACAGAAAAAGGAUGGAGAAGGACUUUCUGGAGUUGCAGACUUUAAUUGAUGUCCACUUUGAGCAGAGGAAGAAAGAGGAGGAAGAACUGAUCGGUCUGAAGGAGAGAAUUGAGCGGCGGCGGGCAGAAAGAGCAGAGCAGCAGCGUGUUAGAGCGGAGAAAGAAAGAGACCGACAGACGAGGAUUGCGGAAGAGCGUCAAAGGAAAGAGGAUGAGGAGGCUAAGAAGAGAGCAGAAGACGAGGCCAAGAAGAAGAAGGUUUUGUCCAAUAUGGGGGCAAACUUUGGUGGCUUCUUAGCCAAGGCAGAGCAGAAACGGGGGAAGCGUCUUACGGGACGAGAGAUCAAGAGAAAGACUCUUUCAGAGAGGCGCUCUCCUCUUGGCAUCGAAAAUCUGCGAGAAGAUGGGUUGAGGCAACGAGCUCAGGAGAUGUGGAACUGGAUUUACCAGCUGGAGUCAGAGAAGUUUGACCUCUUGGAUCAAAUGAAGAGACAGAAGUAUGAGAUUGUUGUUCUGCUGAACAGGAUUUCUCAUGCUCAAAAGUUCAAAAAAGGCCAUGGUAAAGGAAAGGUUGGAGGUCGCUGGAAAUAAGAAAUUGGGAAAAUAAUGAAAAGACACCAUGGAUGCUUUUACUUUUGACUCUUCUGACAAUUUCACAGCCUCUGCAAAAGAAUUAUAUUUCUAAAUGUAUUCAAAACUCUCAGAUCUGAUGUGCUUGGAUUGGAUGAAUCACUUCUGUAUUAUUUUCAUUCGUAAGGCACUUUGGAAAAAAAGUGUCUGCUAAAUUAAUAA